CGUAAACAAUAUAGUUCAGUAUCACUCUGCUCAUCUUAUCAUCUUCUUCAUCCAGAAGAGAGGCUCUGAGAAAGGAAACGAAAAAAGAAAGAGAAAAGCACAAAAAAAAAUGUCAGUCUCAGCCAUGUUCAGCGCAAGCAUGAUGGUGGCGAUGCCGAACUCAAUCGGGAUUCCCGGCGGCGGCGCUACGAAAUUCAAGGCGGCUCCUAGAAUCCCUAUCGGUGGAGCAGCUGCCGGCGGUAAUAAUAAUGGGUUGGUGAUAGAAUGCUCGUCGAGGCCUCAGAAGAAGGCAACCGCACACCACAAGAAGACCCGGCCACGGAAGAGUCAGCCUUGGGAUAUCCGUCGCGGCCCUGCGGUUUAUCCACCGCUGCCUCCUCUUCCCGCUGAAUGGACCCUGGUCACCGAUGAGGCUGAUUCCGCUGCGGCUCAAUCUGCCGUCUCUUCACCGGAGCCGGUUCAGUCGUAGACAUUUGACUUGUAAAACUUGUUUGUAUUUUGGUUCACAAAAUUAGUUGAAUUGUUUUGAUGGAUAAUGCUACAUUUGGGUUGCUGUUAUGGAAUGAGGGUUAUUAUUAGUUGAUUGGUUGUGCACAUUCGUGGUGUUGGUUUUGGUCUGUUUGCUUCUGGUCAGUUUUGUGUUGUGCAUUUACAGAACCCAGUUGAUGAUAAAUCAUCAAAAUCAAUUUCCGUUCUCGAAGGCUCUGGGAGAGAUUUGUAUCGGUUUUGAUGGUAUUGAUUUUGAACCAUGACGGUCUCAAACCAACAACCUUAUUAUAGUUGUGUUAACUGUUAAUGGCUGUCCCUCAAUUAGCAUUUAGCAAUAUACAUCCAUCCUCAACAGUUUAUUUUUAUUUUAUUUUAUUUUUUAAUUUUUUUUUUCUCCUGU